AUGAGCGUGUCAAUGCACUCGAGUGGCGUUGCGUGGAGAUGUCUCUUCUGCCGCUCCCUGCCCACUCGUCCACGCCAUCCCACCCGCCUCUUCACCAUCAGUGCUCAGACGAGAGCCGAUGAAGGCGAGGGCUCCUCCAAUCCCCUGAUCGAGCAAUACCAAAAGGACAAUGUUGGCAAGACUGCUCAGACCCCGGCGCUUCCCCGACCCGGUGAUCUGGCCGCCUCGUCCAUCUUCGAAGACGACCGCCGAGCCCAAGCAAUGGCAAGCCGAGCGCGAGCAAUCGAACAGGGUGAAGAAGAAGAGGACGAGGGCCGGCAACGAAGAGACCCUCGCUCCACCCUUCGAGUGCUCGAUCCCGACCCCAAUUCCCGCGAACGAUGGGAACGCAAAAAAGUCAUCCAGAUGGUGCGGAAAGGUGGGCGACUCUCGAAGGCGCAGUUCAUCAAACGCACCGAGCGCGAGCACUUGGUGAAGAGCCACAACAUGAAGACAUCCGUCAAGAAGCUGGGCAUGCUCGCGCGCCAGAUCGCCGGAAAGAAUGUCGACGAUGCCAUUUUGCAGAUGCGCUUCAGCAAGAAGAAGGCGGCGACGGAGAUUCGGAAACAGCUGGAGACGGCGAGAGACGAGGCGGUGGUGACGCGCGGCAUGGGGUUGGGCAAGGUGAACGGUACAGAAGACGCAAGCAGUUCCGACGGCGCGACUGCGGCAGAGGGAAAGAAAGCAGACGAGGAACUCCACAUCCGCCUGAAGAGCGGCAAGCGCCAUGUGGUUUCGGAUCGCUCCAGCAUCUACAUCGAUCAGGCAUGGGUUGGCCGGGGACCGUACGGCAGAUUGCCCGACUAUCGAGCCAAGGGCAGACUCUUCAUCAUGCGAACGCCCUUCACGAGUCUGAGCUUGCUUCUGAAAGAAGAGGCCACUCGCAUCCGGGAGUAUGAGGAACGCGAAGAGAAGCGCACUCGACGGAGACUGGACAAGGUAUGGACGGCUCUGCGCGACCGGCCCAUCUCGACGCAGAGGCAGUGGUAUAGCUGGUGA